GGGGUGGGGCGGACGCGGAGCCCUCGUUCGGCUGUUUAGGCCGAGGGGCUGAGAGGACCAGGGCAGGAGCGGAGCCGGCUGGAAGGGACAGGGAGCUGACGGGAGUCCGACGCUUGGUGCUUCAGACUUUCUUCGAGUUAUGAAACCUACAUAGUUGAACCCUACAGUGUUUCUCCUGUACGGCAUGUGAUGACGACGAGAGUUUGGCUUUGGAGUGCUCGGAACCUGAGGAACUGCCGAGGACUCAGAGCCCAGCCCUGACCAGCAGACAGCCCACAACACAAUGAACAAAUUGAACUUCCAUAACAAUAGAGUCAUGCAGGACCGUCGGAGUGUGUGUAUUUUCCUUCCCAAUGAUGAAUCUCUGAACAUCAUCAUAAAUGUUAAAAUUUUGUGUCACCAGUUGCUGGUCCAGGUGUGUGACCUGCUCAGGCUAAAGGACUGUCACCUCUUUGGACUCAGUGUCAUACAAAAUAAUGAACAUGUGUAUAUGGAGUUGUCACAAAAGCUUUAUAAAUACUGUCCUAAAGAAUGGAAGAAAGAGGCCAGCAAGGGUAUUGACCAGUUUGGACCUCCUAUGAUCAUCCACUUCCGUGUACAGUACUAUGUGGAAAAUGGGAGAUUGAUCAGUGACAGAGCAGCAAGAUACUAUUAUUACUGGCACCUGAGAAAACAAGUUCUUCAUUCUCAGUGUGUGCUCCGAGAAGAGGCCUACUUCCUGCUGGCAGCUUUUGCCCUUCAGGCUGAUCUUGGGAACUUCAAAAGGAAUAAGCACUAUGGAAAAUACUUUGAGCCAGAGGCUUACUUCCCAUCUUGGGUUGUUUCCAAGAGAGGGAAGGAGUACAUCCUGAAGCACAUUCCAAACAUGCACAAAGAUCAGUUUGCACUGACAGCUUCCGAGGCUCAUCUUAAAUACAUCAAAGAGGCCGUCCGACUAGAUGAUGUCGCUGUUCAUUACUACAGAUUGUAUAAGGAUAAAAGAGAAAUUGAAGCUUCACUGACCCUUGGAUUGACAAUGCGGGGAAUACAGAUUUUUCAGAAUUUAGAUGAAGAAAAACAAUUACUUUAUGAUUUCCCCUGGACAAAUGUUGGAAAGUUGGUGUUUGUGGGUAAGAAAUUUGAGAUUUUGCCAGAUGGCUUGCCCUCAGCCAGGAAACUCAUCUACUACACGGGGUGCCCCAUGCGCUCCAGACACCUCCUGCAACUCCUGAGCAACAGCCAUCGCCUCUACAUGAAUCUGCAGCCUGUCCUGCGCCAUAUUCGGAAGCUGGAGGAGAACGAAGAAAAGAAGCAGUACCGGGAAUCUUACAUAAGUGACAACCUGGACCUUGAUAUAGACCAGCUGGAAAAGCGGUCACGGGCCAGUGGGAGCAGUGCAGGCAGCAUGAAGCACAAGCGCCUAUCUCGUCAUUCCACCACCAGUCACAGCAGUUCUCACACCUCCGGCAUUGAAGCAGACACCAAGCCCCGCGACACGGGGCCAGAGGACAGCUACUCAGGCAGUGCCAUCCACCGCAAGCUGAAAACCUGCAGCUCCAUGACUAGCCAUGGCAGCUCCCACACCUCAGGAGUGGAGAGUGGUGGCAAGGACCGACUGGAGGAAGACUCGCAGGAUGAUGAAAUAGAGAUGUUGGUUGAUGACCCCAGAGACCUGGAGCAGAUGAAUGAAGACUCCCUGGAAGUCAGCCCAGACAUGUGCAUCUAUAUCACGGAGGACAUGCUCAUGUCACGGAAGCUGAAUGGACACUCUGGAUUGAUUGUAAAAGAAAUCGGUUCUUCCACUUCUAGCUCCUCAGAAACAGUGGUCAAACUUCGUGGCCAGAGUACUGAUUCUCUUCCACAGACCAUAUGUCGAAAACCAAAGACCUCCACCGAUCGACACAGCUUAAGCCUUGAUGACAUCAGACUUUACCAAAAAGACUUCUUACGCAUCGCAGGCCUGUGUCAGGACACGGCUCAGAGUUACACUUUUGGAUGUGGCCAUGAACUGGAUGAGGAAGGCCUCUACUGCAACAGCUGCUUAGCUCAACAGUGCAUCAACAUCCAAGACACUUUUCCAGUCAAAAGAACCAGCAAGUACUUCUCUCUGGAUCUCACUCAUGACGAAGUUCCGGAGUUUGUUGUAUAAAGGCCUUCUGCAUACAGCCAUACAGGCAGCCUGCUGUUUGCUAGAGGCUGUGUAAGCCAUGGUUUCUUUCUAUAACCAUUACUCAUGCCAUAUUUUCUUCAUCCCAAACAUAACUCUUUAUAUUUGUGAUGGAAAUAAAAGCCUUGGGACAAUUGCACUUUAAGUAUUAUGCAGAGGUAAAAUAACUACAAAGAAUGUGCAGCAACACAAACAAAUGCUCUACUGUUUACCAAGCCUUCAGAAUUUUGGACAGUGGUGUGUGUGUUCAUGGUUUGUUUUUCAGAUCAGUUAUGCUUAACAUCACAUUGUUCAUCACGUGAAAGAUGUUUUAGAUUUUUUGUUUGCUUGUAAGUUUUUUUCCCAGUCCCUUGUGAAAUGCUUAUGGUUUGAGGGAGGAGAGGGAAGGGUCUCUGUUCUUUGAACAGAGAGAACAUUGCCUAGUUAUAUAGCCAUUAUUGCCUCACUGGGGCUGUCCCGAAGUGAACACUAAUGAGGUGGUCAAAAUCAUGUGGUUCUAGAAAGCCAAAGAUAUGUAUGUACCUGAAGCUUCAGUCCAGAAUCCAGAGGACAUGAAUUAAGCAAUAACCAGAAGACUAUGCAUGCUUUGAUGCCUUGUGACUCCUUCACGCCUGGUCAGUGCCAUAUACUCCACUUUGCUCUUCCAGAAAGCUCAAGGACUCAGUUGAUUUCCUCAUCCAAGUAACAGUCAACUGUGUUCACAUCAUAAUGCAUUUUGUGGAGUUUACAAAACUAGUUUAUGUUAAAAGUUUGGAGAUAUAUUAGAAGAUGUUUCUGCUUAGUAGUGAUGUGUUUUUGUUUUUGUUUUAUCAAUAACAAAUUAUGGUGAUACUAGUUUCUGCUCAACCAAA